UGGAACGCCUUAUCCAAAUGAGUGAUAUUAGCCCCAUCAGUGAACAUAUUUAAGGAGAAGCUGGAUAUUCACUGGAAGGCAAACUGUCAGGAUUAACACACAUCUACUGACCUACUUUCCUUAUUACUGAAAACAGACUGAUUCAAGCAGCCUCAGGCGCGCGGUUUCGAAAGAUGUUAUUUAUUUUCUGAAGACCUAUAGUUUUACUUAUCAAGUAUCUUCGAUAGUUACGUACGUAAACGUGCAAAUCAUAGAUGGCUGAGGACAGCAGUGGGCUCGGUUACCGACUGGAGGAAAUCCAGUCAAGUAUUGCAGAGGGAAGGUUAAUGCUUAACGUUCUUCGUUCCCUUCCAACCACUGAGAAUAAUGAUGCAUUCAUAGUUCGUUUCGAGGAUCUAAUCAGUAGAUUAGAAAACUAUCAACUUCACAACAGAAAGAGCGAGGUGAAAGAUGUAAAGUUACAGUUGAGGACACUUAAGGAGCAACAAGACAGAAUUCAGUCUCUCCUUGGUCAGACAGCGACGAGUAUACAGGAUUCUAGUUUAUCUGAAGCACCCGGUGGGUCUUCCAGUGAUACUCAAGCAAAUGUAGUGUUUUCGAAUUCCGCAUCAGCACUGCUUUCCAAAUUUGAGACCUUACUAUCCAAUGGAAACAACCAAGGUUGUCAAAAAGAUGGUGAUCGGGUUUCUUGUAAUAUUAAUUGUUCACGCAACUUUAAACCAAAGCAAGAACCAGCGGAUACUACCCAAGAAAACGAUAAACUAUCAACCCUUAACACUAAGCAAUUGUUGAAACCUCUAGAUUGUGAAGAGUCGACAGAUUUAUCGAACCACUCUGAUAUUCAUCUGUCUGAACUACAGAAAUUGAUUGAAGAAUCAGAAAGAUUUGAUGAGAUGGUUAAACGACUUGUAUUAAUAACAAGGAGAGCAAAUCUUGGUGAAUCUACAAAGUUGCUGGUAGAUAUUUCGAAACGAUUCUCUGAGCUUCAGAUCAGUUUUAAUUCACUGAAAGAAAGUUAUGAUUCGCUUCAUAGUGAACCUCAACUCCCUCCUGAAUUGCGUAAAGUUCAGCUUUCAAGUUUUCGUGAAUUUCUCAACAAUCUUAGCCGUAAUUUUGAUUCAACCAAAGAAUGCUUUUACACAAUUCAUCAUCUUGUCAAAGCUACUAUUGAACAACAACUGGCGAAUGGAACACUGCAGGAUGUAGAUCAUAGUGAUGAAGAAAAUAAUUCAACUUUGCCUGUCAAUCCAACUGGUUCUGUUACUGUAAAAGACAGUAAUAUAGAACUAAAUACAAGCAAACAAAUUAAUGAUGAACACGUUGAAGAUGGUGAUCCUGAAUUUCUAACUCAAAAGGCUUAUUUAAUAGCAUUACAACAGCGUACAGCUCAAGAAAAAGAAGAAAUUGCAAAAUUACUACAACAACGAGAUGAACUAGCUGGACGUUUGGCAUCACUUAAAGCAGCUGCUAGUAGAGCAUCAUUUGAUACUCGUGUUACUUCUGGCGACUCAGUCGAAUCAACUCAAACUGAUGAGUUGGAAAAUGGAGAUGAACGUGGGUCGGUCAGUGUAUCACCUGACAUACUUUCUAGUCUGGAAGCUAAAAAACGUGAGUUAAAUGAAUUAAAGACUCAACUUGAACUCCUUCGCAAGGCUGAAGCUAAAAUCGCUAAAUUUACACCAGCUCUACAAGGUCCAAGAGAUAUACAUAAUUCAAACAUUGCUGCUCUACCACAAGAGACGUUAGACAAUAAGCGAGUCACUUCUGCUUCGCAGUCCGUUCUUCCAGAAGUCAGUUCACCUCGGACAAGAUUUGCAAUUUAUAAAGAUGACUCUGAUGAUCUAGUAAAUACAAAACCCGCUGGAAAUGUAUCAUUAUCUUCGGAUUUAUCAACCAAAGCUGAUUCUGUGACUUUUCAGCAACCAGAGGUGACCUGUAUUGAUAACACCGAACGUUUGUAUGUUAAUAUGCGUGAGGCACGAAUACAAAUAGAAGAACAACGGAAUCGAUAUGAUCGGAGUACUUCAAAUGGAAUCAAUAAUACCAAUUCUACCGCUCAAAAACCAUUGCAGCAUGUCAGUUGUAGCGGUGCUUCUGUCGCAACUAGUCAAGAUAGAACAACUCUAGCAACUUGGGGUGGAUCUUCACCUGUCCCUUCUUGUUCAUCUGAAGCUUCUGAAGCAAGUGACGAAGGAGAUGGAGUUAGUGUUUCUGACUCCCUACCUUUAAGUACAUGUCUUUCAGUGUCUGCAGUUAAUAAUGCUUCUAAUGUUAUUCGAUCUGUUCCCAAUGGGCAUUUGAAAAGUGUACGCAGCUCUGUUGCAACCAGUUCCUUGGAUAUGCCUGGUGAACCAUGUUCAGUUAUUAAGAGAGCAUCAAGAAAAUGUGAAGAUAUUCACGGAAAUAAUUUAGAUAAUGUUUAUGUUUCUUCUACUGAUGAUGUUCCAUAUAAAUUAUCACUUCCGCAGGUUGGUCGAAGUCCAUCUCCUCCAACUCGUCACAAAAACAAAUCAGGGGAUACUCAAAUAAAGGAUGGUUUAAAUAAAUUGAUUGAUCAACGUUUACACUCACAACAAAAUUCAUUAGGUGAACACACUAAUGCUUCUGCUAACCAGAAUACUGGAGUUUUGGGUCAUAUAGUUGUUGCAUCAAAUUGUAAUGACUUUGAUGAUGGUCGAAUGUCAGAUCUGUCUGGUGCCAUAGCCAAUGAACGGAUUCAACGCUUAGAGUCAAAUGUAGCCCAGCUCUAUCAAGUAUGUCGUUGUUUGAUGCUCGAAAACUCUCAUUUGAAUUCUACAGUCACUCAGUUAAUGUUACACAACUCAUCUCAUCAGCCUAUUUCAUCCAUCACAUCUUUGGAGCCGUCCAUUUCAGCUGUUGGAUCUAUUGCAUUUCAUCAGUGUCAAUGUAGUUCGUCUAUUCCAAGUUAUAACCAAAUACUAUUAACUGACUCUGGAGCAUCUUAUCAAGCAAUGCUUUAUAGACAAGAGCAUCCAUCAAAGAGUUUACCUUGUUCCUUGAAUGUAUGUCCACGAAGUUCUUUUGCGUACGCUCCUAAUAGUUUAAGAGAUACUGACCAGCCGCUUACACAGAGUGGUGUCCAUGAGGUUCCCCAGAUCCAGCUGCUUAUUAAUCAAAUUAUGCAACAACAAUCUAAUCUUACUCAAUUGCAAUUGGAGCUUCAUCGUUUGACGCGAUCACAGUCACAAAUUAAGCCGUCAUUUCUUCCUACUGAUGGUAAUUUCCAUGGACCUUUAUUGUCUCAUCCGGAGAAUACUGGGUUAAAUUUUCCGGCUGUUACUGCUCAUUUACUACAGGGGACCGCAGGAUUUCCUCCGUCUGUCGAGUCGAUCAGCCGUCAGGUUAAUUUUACGGGAACCAAUAAUUCUCCUCAAGUGCUUGGAAAUUCUCUUGUCUCACCCCAAACUUUGUCGGCUAACUGGUCUUUGAAUACUGUUCCUAAUGUUCACCAGUGUUCCAGAGAUGCUACAUUUUCAAAUAUAGGUCAAAGACCAUCUGUACAAACUGCAUCUAUUCCGAGCUCUGUUUUACUAACUGAUCCCAGUGUGAAUCUUACGUCGCCUCAUGGUUCUUCUAUCGGUCAAAACAACAUUGGUUUCAAUAGACAUAUCUAACGAUGAAUCAGAAAAUAUCUCACAUUGUAACGUUUGAUCUCACUUGAUAAUCAAUUUUAACAAUUAAUUUUAUUGUUGCAUUUAGUUUUACCAUUUUCGACUUUUUCGUUUACUUUAUUUUUCUUGAGAAUGUAGUACGUUUCUUUUUAAUAUUGAACAAUGUGUUUAGAUCAGUUGUGUUUCCUUCUAAUCCCUUAUUCUAUAUCCAACACUGACGGCUAUUUCACUCAACCAAAUAAAUCUCCCUUUAGUGCUCAUCAAAAAAUUCUGUUUAUGAAAUAAGGUCUAUCUUAUUGUAGUUUUAAUUUAUUAACAUCAUUUUGUUUUCAUAUUCCCAACCAAAAAAAGACAAACAAAUAAAUUAGUUGGAAUUUAGUUCCUAUGCAUUAUUAUUACAGAUCAUCUGAUAUAUUGUUUCUUAUCUUCAAUCUUGUCAACACUCAAUGCAUUAAAAUAAAGAUGAAAUGUAACUUUUUGUUUAGCCUUCUUGUUUGUUUUUAAUAUUCUAUAUCAAUAAAUUGUUUUAAGUAGUCAAAGCUCACUUUAAUUCGACCUAUCUGUAUAAAGAAAAACUUGGAUACUAAAUGUUAAGUCACAGGCUUGAACCUCACUCUUUGUAAGUUAGUUUGAGCAGGUGGUCAUUAUCUGAAACCUUAUAUCAUAAGUUUACUGUAUUAUCAAGUACUUCAUACCUUACUUGAUCAUUGUAAAGCAUUAUCAGAUAAGUUAUUGUUUUGUGUGAAUAUAUUCCAAAUUGUAUAUUUAAUCUAUAUAAUUCUAACUUGUAUUUGGUGUUCCAGAACCAAUCUAGUCAAAACACCUAAUGUUUUGCAUAUUUACGUAAUAUUGUGGAUAAAUUAACUAUAAGAAAGCAUGAUUAAAUGCAGAUGUGUCUUAUGCUGUAACAUGUUUGUCCGGGAUGUCACAUAUCUUGUCGCAACAUAAAUAAAUUAAACUGAAGGAGAUGAAAGGAGAAAGAAAUAAUAAUAAUAAUAAUAAUAUAUGUAGAUUAAAAU